AUGAAAUUCAGUGAGGAUUCCAGUGAUUUGGCUGGAAGCUCUGGUUUCCCACAGUCGGUGCUGCAGCAACUGAUUGACGAAAUCUCACACUAUGACCUUGAAGAUGCUAUCAGGGCCAUUGUUGAACUUGUGCCAGAUCUCAAAACUUCGAUCUCCCCGGCAGGAAUGCGGUUGAUCACCCAUCCUGCUUAUGACGGUUUUGGUAACCUCGACACCCUCGGAAGACUAUAUCUCCAGUGUGGAAGUCGUUGCACUGCACAGCAUGCCACAUUCGACACUCGUCUGCUACAUGCCACCCUCGACCCGAUUAUGGCUUCCCUUUAUAACGCGAGCGAAGACGAACGCAGAAGUGGUAUUAAUGCAGGGACAAUAAUAUUACCUGCAGUUUCAGAACGCGGUUGUGCCUGUUGUCGAGGGGACCCAGAUGCUCUCAUCCUGGCGGGAUUCGUGUAUAACGAGGCACUAUUCUUCGAGGAGGAGGAAUAUAGGAGAUUCUGGGGUGAUGAGGAAUCAGUUGGAACAAUGUAUCAGUGGAAUGAUGGUGUACGGUCAAGACCGUGGCUUCAAGCUUCGAAGGAACAGGUGGAGAGAAUAAGGCAGCAGAAUGUAGCACCGGGCAUUCAGGCUACGACAUAG